AUGGUUGUCGAUUCUAGUGCAAGGAUGAGUAAGUUUGUGUCGAGUGUGUCAGAAAUGAUGGUUAAAGAAUGUCGUACCGCCAUGCUCAUUGGUGACAUGGACAUCUCUCGACUCAUAGUUCAUGCCCAGCAGAUCGAAGAGGAUAAACUCAAGGAAAAUUCUAGGGAGACAAAAAGGGCAAGAACCAGUGAUGGCAAUUUCUCUCAUGUAAGGUCCGAUGGACAUGAUCGUCCUAGAUUUCGACAAAGGUUUUUUGGUCAAAGUUUCCCCAAUGCUCCUCCUAAGUUCAACAAAGAUGGGGUGUGUAACCCUAAGCCUCAAGGAGGGAAUGGUAGUGGAUCUUCAUUGCCUAGGUCUACUUGUGCUAGAUGUGGGAAGAAGCACGAGGGUAAAUGCUUACCCGGCUCAGAUGGUUGCAUUAAUUGUGGUAAAAGUGGGCAUAAGAUAAGGGAUUGCCUAAUGCUUAUGGCUAAGGGAAGAGAGGGAAAGCAAGAUCCUCCUAGUGGUUCGGGUUCCAAUGCUUCCAAGCAAAACUGA